UCUCUCUCUCUCUCUAAUGUUGAGUCUCUAGAAAUCUUCACCGGAAAACACAGAGCGAAAGAUGUGUGGGGGUGCAAUCAUCUCCGAUUACGACCCAAUCUCCGAGCGCCGUCGCCGCAAAAUCUCCACCCAUGACCUCUGGGCCGAGCUCGACCCCAUCUCUGAGCUUUGGUCCUUCAACUCCUCAUCCGCCAUUAAUGCCCUCAAACAAAGCUCCCCCUCCACUCUCCCCGAUGCUACCAACCGCCUAAAUCAAGUUUUAGUGUGCAAAAAUGGAGGAGCUGAAAAUGCGGAGAAAAGUGAGAAGAAGAGGGCGAGGAAGAACGUUUACAGAGGAAUCCGGCAGAGGCCGUGGGGGAAAUGGGCGGCGGAGAUUCGCGACCCUCAGAAAGGGGUUAGAGUGUGGCUGGGGACGUUCAACACGGCGGAGGAAGCGGCCAGGGCGUAUGACGUGGCAGCCACUCGCAUCCGUGGCAAGAAGGCCAAGCUCAACUUCCCGUCUCCGCCGCCGUCUCCGGCGACCAAGCCAAGCUGCGGCAGGGAUCACAGCCCUCAGGAAAGCUCCGGCUCCUCCUCUGCUACGGCGGCGAGCCUGAACCCCUCCCCAUUGAUGAACACCGGAGUCGUUCUGAGCCACGCGCCGCCGUACUACCCGGUGGGAGCGGCGGACGGCCACCAUAACCAGGGCGGAUCCGAGCUUAAGGCUCAGAUAUCAGACUUGGAAUCGUUCCUCGGGCUGGAACCCGAGCCGACUCAGUUGGGUGGGACCGGUGCCCAGUUCGACUCGUUUGAUCCUUUCCUGGUGGGCCCCGUGGAGGAAUGUUUUGGUGCUACGCAGCAGCACCAGGUGUUCUACACCGUACCUUGAUCAUACGUAUUGUUUGUAUGACUAAAUAUUUGUGAUUUCCUUUUGGAGUGUUGUAUGUACUUAAUACCUAAGAUGGAGUUUGAUGGUUUGUUAACGGUGUUAAUACUCCCGCCUAUGAUAAUAAGGUGCACGCGGUUGUAUGUGAUCCGGACCUAUGUGAUCUAGGACGUUGUCGUUUUGUGCCUGUGUUUUUCUAAACCUAGGAUUUUGCCGAUAUUUUAAAUGCUUUGGUUCAUGCA